AAUACAAACCAAAAAAAGAAAAACUUGCCUGAUGAUAUCUUCUUCUAGAAUGGGGCCUUCUGCCCAUCUUGUUUACGCUAUAGGAGUUAUCAUCAUGGCAACAAUGGUUGCUGCAUAUGAGCCAUACACGGAUAGCUCAUCACCACCACCAUAUUCUGUACCACUUCCUAAGGUAGAAUACAAAUCUCCUCCAUUACCAGAUGUUUACAGUUCUCCACCACCACCAUAUUACUCUCCAGCGCCUAAAGUGGACUAUAAAUCUCCUCCACCACCCUAUGUUUACAGUUCACCACCACCACCGCCAUAUUACUCUCCAUCCCCUAUCGAAUACAAGUCUCCUCCACCACCAUAUGUUUAUAAUUCCCCACCACCACCAACAUACUAUUCACCAUCUCCUAAAGUUGAGUACAAGUCUCCUCCACCACCAUAUGUCUACAGCUCCCCACCACCACCAUACUACUCCCCAUCUCCAAAGGUAGACUACAAGUCUCCUCCACCACCAUAUGUCUACAGUUCUCCACCACCACCAUACUACUCACCAUCUCCUAAAGUAGAGUACAAAUCUCCUCCACCACCGUAUGUCUACAGUUCGCCACCACCACCAUACUAUUCACCAUCUCCUAAGGUAGAGUACAAAUCUCCUCCACCACCGUACGUCUACAGUUCACCACCACCACCAUACUACUCACCUGCCCCUAAGGUAGAGUACAAAUCUCCUCCACCACCGUACGUCUACAGUUCACCUCCUCCACCAUACUACUCACCUUCUCCUAAGAUUGACUACAAAUCACCACCACCACCGUACGUCUACAGUUCUCCUCCUCCACCAUACUACUCACCUUCCCCUAAGGUUGAUUACAAAUCACCUCCACCACCAUACGUUUACAGUUCACCUCCUCCACCAUACUACUCACCUUCCCCUAAGGUUGACUACAAAUCACCUCCACCACCAUAUGUCUACAGCUCACCACCACCACCAUACUACUCACCUUCACCUAAGGUAGACUACAAAUCUCCUCCACCACCAUAUGUCUACAGUUCUCCACCACCACCAUCGUACUCACCUUCUCCAAAAACUGAGUACUAAGCUUCAUCUCCACCUUCGUAUUGCCCGAAAUUGUAAUGAGAUUCUUAUAUAAGCUGCCGAGUUUUAUUUCAUUUCAUAUUUGCUUUUGUUCUUGAUGCUAUUCAUAUCUAAUAAAUUUUAAUUUUCUUGCUAUUGGAUUAAACAUUUUGCUACAAAAUGUUCUCAUGGUUUUAUGCUU